AGUCAAUAUGCGUAAUUGGCAGCCUGCUAAAAGACGCUCCAUGAUUUUCGGCGAGGAUUAAAACUUUAUCUUACCUGAAGUUAGGCUACUUAACACUUUUGGGGGAUUAUAGGCGACGUACGCAAAUCUCACAAUCUUAUGACCUGAAAACCAACAAAAAACCAACAAAUAAAAGGAAAAUUGCGGGAAGCUACUUGAUAUACAGGUUUAAGCAAUAAAGGAGGUGUGGACUUGGCUUUUCAGGAGCCCUAUACGCAGUUUACAUAGUAACCGGCUAAAGAAACAAAGAGCAGAAAAAAAAACACCUGUAACAAGAACCUGCCAACGCAACCUCGCAGCCACCAGGUUGUCCUGCAUAAAGUCCGUUUAGUGCUGCAUGCUGCCCCCCGCAUCAAACGCACAAAGACGAGAUGCAUGUCGCGCGUAGUGUAGUGUCCAAUACGCCCAUAGGCCGGAGUCCAAACAUGGCAGAAGCGGGUUCCUACGCCGGCCGUCGACUUCUCCCUGACAGCAGUGGUCACUUCGCCGACGGUCGCCAACUCCGAACACGGUCCCGCGCAGGUUGCGAUGGUGCCAAAAGACCGCGGGGCACACGCUCACGAGCCAUACACGCACACACCCUCGCACACACACGGGCUCAACGCAGAAGCCCUCCGGAAAACACGGCGUUUAUCCACGCUGCGGGAGGCAAGUGGCCAGCUGCGGAAGCGAGCGCGUUUUUGCCCCCGCAGCCCUCGACGACUCCGGUCCGCCACGGAACCCCCCGCCGGCGGCGACGCACAGUCAACCGCCGAGGUCCCAAGGGUGAGGACGAGGGAAGGAGGGUUCGCGUAGACCCCCACUACAGGAGAGGGGACCGAGCCCCCCCUCGCCUUCCCUUCGAGGCACUUCAACCCCCUUUGGAAACAGUAGCAGACCCCCCCACCGCAACGAAGAGGCGGUUUCUCGAAGGCGUACCUCGCGGCGGACCCGAAGCCUCUCCCAUUGGCCCGCGGCGCUAAUGAGAUGCGCCGUUCGCGGGGCGUGUCCGCGGACCCCCGGGGAGAGGGUGAGGGCUGACGUCACGCCCGCACGCAGCGCUCCAUUGGUCCGAGGCGGCGAUUAUCUGAGCCGACAGCGUCGGCGGCCGAGCGCGACAGAGCGGGGCGACCGGCGAGUUCGGGUCGGCGAGUUCGGGCGUGAAAGCCGUUGGGCGCGGGGCCGUCGUCUCUGGCCAAGCGUGCGACACCGCUCUUCCCACGGCCCCGGAAAAUUCGCGGCCGCCGACCGGAAGAGGGGGUCCGAAGCGCGACGCCGGCCAGCCAAGCCGACCAUGGGCGCGCCUUGAAGUGAGGGGUCCCCGGCUGUUGCGGUGGCGGCUCGCCUCCUGUCGUCGUCGUCGUCUGCUACGCCCCCACUGCUGUACGCCAGGGUGACGCGGGCCUUGAGCCCGCCGGUGCGGCUGUCCACCGUGGAGCUGCAGCCGCUGGUUCGGGGAGCGCUGUCCGCCGCUGGGGACCACAUGCCCCACAAGGGACACAGCGGCGUCAACCAGCUCGGGGGCGUGUACGUCAACGGGCGGCCUCUGCCGGACUCGACGCGGCAGAAGAUCGUCGAGCUGGCGCACUCCGGCGCCCGGCCGUGCGACAUCUCGCGCAUCCUGCAGGUCUCCAACGGAUGCGUCUCCAAGAUACUCGGAAGGUACUACGAGACGGGCUCGAUCCGUCCCCGGGCGAUCGGGGGCAGCAAGCCUCGCGUGGCCACUCCUCCGGUCGUGGGCAAGAUCGCCGAGUACAAGCGCGAGUGCCCCUCCAUCUUCGCCUGGGAGAUACGAGACCGGCUCCUCUCCGAAGGGGUCUGCAACAACGACAACAUACCCAGCGUGUCCUCCAUCAACCGGGUCCUGCGAAACCUCGCCGCCCAGAAGGAGCAGCAGCAGCACCACCAGCACCAGCAGCAGACGCAGCACCACCACCACCACCAGGCUGCGGCGGCGGCGGCAGCGGCGGCCGCCGCGGCCGCGGCUGUGCACGGGGGCGGAUGCCCGGAGUCCGUGUACGACAAGCUGCGCAUGCUCAACGGCCAGCCCUGGCCCUGGUACCCGGCGAGCGCCGCGCCGCCGCCGCCCCUGUCCGCGGCCGCGGGGGGUCCGGCGCUGGCGCCGCCGAGUCCCCUGGCGGGGGCGCUCACGCCGUCGGCGCUCGCCGCAGCCGCCAGCCCCACGGCGCACGACGCCAAGAAGGAAGGCGGCGACGGUGGCACCUCCGACGGCAACUCGGAGAACAGCUCGUCGUGCGACGAGGACUCGCAGAUGCGGCUGCGGCUGAAGCGCAAGCUGCAGCGGAACCGGACAUCCUUCACCAACGAGCAGAUCGAGGCGCUCGAGAAAGAGUUCGAGCGCACCCACUACCCGGACGUGUUCGCCCGGGAGAGGCUGGCGGAGAAGAUCGCGCUUCCCGAGGCGCGAAUCCAGGUCUGGUUUUCCAAUCGGCGGGCCAAGUGGCGGCGCGAGGAGAAGCUGCGCAGCCAGCGACGCGCCGCGGAGUCCAGCGCUGCCGCCGCCGUCGGAGGGGGACCAGUGCACGGACGGCUCGCCGGUCCGCUGGCCGGAUACCCGGGUCUGAGCCAGCCCAUGGCUGCCGCCAUGCAGGACUCGUACAGCCCAAUGGCCGCCGGCAUGGGUUCGGGUCCGUGCCUGCAGCAACAACAUCGGGAUGCAGCCUCGUACUCGUACAUGCUGCACGACACUCUUGGCCUUGGUGCCUACUCCAGGGCAUCGGCCAACCCGGGCGGCCAGGGAAGCAUCACGGGCGGACACCCUGCCGCGUACGCGGUCAGCGGGGCCAGUCCCCAUGGUGCCGCAGGUGUCAUCUCUCCAGGCGUGACGGUGCCAGUGCAAGUCCCAGGCCAAACAACUGAUCUCUCGGUGCCGUCCAACUACUGGCCCCGACUACAGUGACAAUGGCCCAUGGUUGGGUACCCGACCGACCUGAGCCUUGCCAAGGGCAGCAGGUCGUACGCCAACCUCCAGGACCACUUCCCGGCCACAUGCGCCAACAAGGACUAGUCGCGCUCCAUGCGCCCACGAAGAAGCUCUGCUUUAGUCUUCUAGUCCGCACGGAUCCCGGCCAGUGCACAGCAGGACUCUGAUGAAUGGUGCAGCGAAAGUGCGUGCCCCUUCUUGCAGGGGUGUGAAGCAGUGGUCACAUUUUGUGAAAGUGCGUGCAGUUGCUCACGUGGCAGCCCCCUGUAUUUGUUUCAGUUCACUGACCUGCGGCCAACUGUUUGUGUAAAUUGCAGUGGGUUGAGAACAGCGGCGCAUAAACUGUUGUGCUAAAGCUAAGUGUUCCCAGGUAGCACUUCAGGAUUUGUGAGUACUGUUGGCUGAAACGCUAAAUGUUUGCGAAGUUUCUCAAUGCUACAAUACAUGGCGACCUUGCUGUCACCACAACAGGCCUUGUGAAUUGUUAAUUAAGCAGCAUAAUCACUGAAUGACUCUACGUUGUUUAGCCAGCCUUCCCUGUUACACACUGCUCCAAAAUUCAUGGUUUGUUGCAGCAUGCACAUGACAAGGAUAUGGCAUUAAUAUGUAUGUAGCAAAAGAGCAUGGAUUUGGUCAAAGUGGGACUUACGCAGUAAAUGCCUUCAAACAGAUGUAACUGCACAACUGGUCACAAAGCAAGUCUGCUGCUUUCACUUCCUGUAAUCAUCAUUGCGUGUCAUGAACACUCUAAACACGUGUGCCUCGACCGCCGAUUGUCGCAACCACAGUGGACGAUGAGACCAGUAGAUACUGGCAAGAGCCCCCAAGGUUGCUAGUGAAUAUAAGGACUUUGUUCUAGUCGACCACACUUGUGAGCGCCCCCAUCUUUUUUUCAUUGUUCUCAACAUGUCACCUAACCUUGCCAUCCUCUACUUUCCAAAUGAGCUGUCUCAAGUGUUGUCAAUGUUGUCAUCGCAAUCAAGCCACAGCUCAUCUCCCUAGGCCUCAAAUUUUCGACCACAAGUCUCUUGGGCAGUGCAAAUGCAAUCCAGCCGACACUAACCCGUGCAUACUUGACACUUUGUCUGUGGUGCAAAUGCAGUUCCAGCCGACAAUAUGUGUGUUCUCUCAGGUGGGUGAUUGAAAUACUCACUACACUGCCCGCAUCAUCCAAUGUGACACUACAGUUACGUUUAUGUUUGUUUUUGUUUGCAUUUUAAAGAUGUGCAGUUGUGCUGUUUUCUUGUCUCUGUUCCCUCACGCGUAUCUGGAAUGCCAGAAACACUCUGUCAACAAGACCUAGACUGCAACAAUUA